AUGGGGUUUAUUCAUCCACGUUGGUAUGAAUCAAUACCAACUGAAACAACUAAUUAUAUUAUAGUUGCUCAAGGAAAUAAAGAUUAUACCACCAAAGCUUUAUAUUAUAUUGAUCAAAUUCAGUCUGCAAAUGUUUAUACGUCAAAUAUUAAAGAAAGAGUCAAUAAAAAGAUUGAGUUUGGUUCUACAAUAUCAGUAGCAAAGACAAGUGUCCAAGUUGCUGUAGCAGAAGGUGUUGUAUCAGAAUUGAUUGGACUUCUUACCCAAUUUAUUAUGAAAUAUCAUCAUAAUACUGGAUUAAAUAUAGAAAAAGUUUAUUCUAUAUCACAUUUUAAUGAUGAUAUUCAAGAAUCCUCCUAUAAUUACCAGUGA